CACAGCUCCAUAAACACAUUCAGAUUUCCAGAUGGAAACAAAGGUGCUGAGCAAUGUGGAGAUCAAAUCAUCUCUCCCCAAAAAAUACAGGUUCAUCAGAUACCUGGACGAGGGAGGAUUUGGCCAAGUGGUCCAGUGUCAGAGCAAGUACACUUUCCAGAAAGUGGCUGUCAAACUGCCGUUAUUUCAGCAGGACACCCAGGACGAGAUUUCUAUCCUGACUCGACUGAUGGAGGAAGGAUGUGACCAGAAAAACAUCAUCAAAUUCUUGGAGGUGUUUGACACUCGUUUGGGGAAAGCAAUCAUCUUUGAAGCGCUGGACAUGUCUCUGUACGAUUACCUCAAAACAUACGCCCCACUGCCCCUCUCCACUGUCCGCACCAUCAUCAAACAGGUGGCCACAGCCUUGGAGGAGCUGAAAAAGAUGUCCAUAAUCCACACGGACGUGAAACUGGACAAUGUGAUGGUGGUGAAUCGCAGGAAGAGGCCCCUGGAGGUGAAACUCAUCGACUUUGGUUUGGCCUUACCUGCAGAGGAGGCUGAAGUGUGCUCGGAGUUCCAAGUCGAGUGCUACAGACCCCCUGAAAUCAUUCUGGGUUUGCCUUGGAACGAGGCCGUGGACGUGUGGUGCCUGGGGACCCUGUUUGUCGAGCUGUUGUUAAAAAUGAGAUUAUUCCCCAACAACACUGAAUAUGACACGUUGAGAAUUAUGAUCAAAGUCUUCGGUGCACCUCCUGAUCAUGUGCUCAGUCAGGGGCUCAUGACUCGGAAAUUCUUCCACCGGGUCGGCGACAGAUGGGUCCUCAAAACUUGCAAAGAGAUGGAGAAUUUUUACAAACACAAGUGUAAGACCCACUUCUCAGAGCGCUUCAGCUCCCUCCACCAUCUGGUCCAGGAAAAUUAUCCUCCCAGAUCUCACCGGAAUGUCGCCCAGGACAUCAAGAGAGCCACAGACCUGCUCGCUCAGAUGUUGAAGAUGGAAGUGUCUGCUCGGAUAACUCCCUCACAAAUCCUCCAACAUCCAUUCAUAAGCCCUAAAAGUCGCGUGAGAAAAGAAGAGCCACAGGAGCAGCCUGACCUGGUCCCACAGACGCCUGUGAGGAAACCUGUGGUCACCGUAGUCAAACUGGCCUCUCCAGAAAACACCAGUCCCUUUAAAGAGGAGGAACAACAGACAGACGGUCACACAGAAGACCCAGUGUCACAGGAGCAGCCUGAGCAGGUCCAGCAGACGCCUGUGAGGGAACCUGUGGUCACCGUAGUCAAACUGGCCUCUCCAGAAAACACCAGUCCCUUUAAAGAGGAGGAACAACAGACAGACGGAAGAGAAGACCCAGUGUCACAGGAGCAGCCUGAGCAGGUCCAGCAGACGCCUGUGAGGAAACCUGUGGUCACCGUAGUCAAACUGGCCUCUCCAGAAAACACCAGUCCCUUUAAAGAGGAGGAACAACAGACAGACGGUCACACAGAAGACCCAGUGUCACAGGAGCAGCCUGAGCAGGUCCAGCAGACGCCUGUGAGGGAACCUGUGGUCACCGUAGUCAAACUGGCCUCUCCAGAAAACACCAGUCCCUUUAAAGAGGAGGAACAACAGACAGACGGUCACACAGAAGACCCAGUGUCACAGGAGCAGCCUGAGCAGGUCCAGCAGACGCCUGUGAGGAAACCUGUGGUCACCGUAGUCAAACUGGCCUCUCCAGAAAACACCAGUCCCUUUAAAGAGGAGGAACAACAGACAGACGGUCACACAGAAGACCCAGUGUCACAGGAGCAGCCUGAGCAGGUCCAGCAGACGCCUGUGAGGAAACCUGUGGUCACCGUAGUCAAACUGGCCUCUCCAGAAAACACCAGUCCUUUUGAACUGGACGACUGCAAACCUUUAGAGAGUGUGAGGACUGCGAGGGUGUGGGAAGAACCAAUCCCUGUGUGUGAAGAGCAGGCGAGAGUACUUCCUGUUCCAAAACGGAAGGUCAGACCACAUCUAUUUCGUAAGACGAAGGUCCAUCCUCUCCCACCUCCUCCUGCUCCGAGUCCUGAGGCCACAGUGCUGCCCCCUCCAGGUGACACUGCGCCCAAGAAGAAGAGAACCGUCCUCCCAAGGGGUCUGUCGUGGCUGAAGCGCUUCUGCUGCUGCUCCGUGGACACUAAGCACUGA